GAAUGCAUCUUGUCGGGCAUCAUGUCUGUGAACGGGAAGAAAGUGCUACACAUGGACCGGAACCCCUACUAUGGGGGUGAGAGUUCUUCCAUCACACCCCUGGAGGAGCUCUAUAAGCGUUUUCAGUUACUGGAGGGGCCCCCUGAGUCGAUGGGCCGGGGCCGAGACUGGAAUGUUGACCUGAUCCCCAAAUUCCUCAUGGCCAAUGGGCAGCUGGUGAAGAUGCUGCUGUACACAGAAGUGACUCGUUACCUGGAUUUCAAGGUGGUAGAAGGCAGCUUUGUCUACAAAGGGGGCAAGAUCUACAAGGUGCCGUCCACCGAGACUGAGGCCUUGGCUUCCAAUCUCAUGGGUAUGUUUGAGAAACGGCGCUUCCGUAAGUUCCUGGUGUUUGUGGCAAACUUCGAUGAGAAUGAUCCCAAGACCUUCGAGGGUGUCGACCCCCAGACUACCAGCAUGCGUGAUGUCUACCGGAAGUUUGACCUGGGCCAGGAUGUCAUAGAUUUCACUGGCCACGCCCUGGCACUCUACCGCACUGACGACUAUCUGGACCAGCCUUGUCUUGAGACCAUCAACCGCAUCAAGUUAUACAGCGAGUCCCUGGCUCGAUAUGGCAAGAGCCCGUAUUUAUACCCACUCUAUGGCCUGGGUGAGCUGCCCCAGGGUUUCGCAAGGUUGAGUGCCAUCUACGGGGGCACAUAUAUGCUGAACAAACCUGUGGAUGACAUCAUCAUGGAGAACGGCAAGGUGGUGGGGGUGAAGUCUGAGGGAGAGGUGGCUCGCUGUAAGCAGCUGAUCUGCGACCCCAGCUACAUUCCAGACCGUGUGCGGAAGGCUGGCCAGGUUGUCCGCAUCAUUUGCAUCCUCAGCCACCCCAUCAAGAACACCAACGAGGCCAACUCCUGCCAAAUCAUUAUCCCCCAGAACCAGGUCAACCGGAAGUCAGACAUCUACGUGUGCAUGAUCUCCUACGCGCACAACGUGGCCGCACAGGGCAAGUACAUUGCCAUUGCCAGCACCACGGUAGAGACCACCGAGCCUGAGAAGGAGGUGGAGCCAGCAUUGGAGCUGCUGGAGCCCAUCGACCAGAAGUUUGUGGCUAUCAGUGAUUUGUAUGAACCCAUUGAUGAUGGUUCUGAGAGCCAGGUAUUCUGUUCCUGCUCGUAUGAUGCCACUACACACUUUGAGACCACCUGCAAUGACAUCAAAGACAUCUACAAACGCAUGGUUGGCUCAGCCUUUGACUUUGAGAACAUGAAGCGCAAACAGAACGACGUCUUUGGAGAAGCUGACCAGUGAUUGCUGACCCUCCUGCCCCUGCUGCCCUUCCCCACCUGUCUGUUCUCCUCAAGGGCUGGGGAGACAGCAUGGCUGGGUACCCCUGUUCCCAGCAUCCUCUGCUUCCCCCACCACAUUCCCAUCACCCACCCCAUUGAUUCACUGACCAAGUCUUUAACCUUUGCAGUGGUUUGGGAGAUGGGGGGUUGGAUAGCAUCCUCUUUUUUGGCCCUUCUUUAUCCUAGGAAAAGAGGGUUCCUUUUCUUGUGUGUGUCUUUCCUCCCACCCCUUAUCCUUCUGCUCUGUUUGGGAAGAACGUGGAGGAAAAGCUGACUUCUACCCCCACCGCUCUUAUCCCACUGUAGUGGCCUUUGGAGAUACCCCCUGCAUCCCCCACCAGCUCUCUACCGUUGGAGAGAAGGGGUCCUCCCAGCACAAAGUUGUAUUCCUUUCUCCUUCCCUCUCCCCUCUCCCCUAAUUUAUUCUAAUUUAUUAACUUGGGCCCACCCCUCUGAGCCUCUGGUGCGGCCUACGGGUUGCAGAAGGAGCUGCCCAGGCCCCUCUCACCCCUGGGUAGCCUCUGAGGGGAGAAGGUGGGCAUAGCCCAUUGGAGGUUGUUCUUGCUGUUCUGUUUCUUGUCUUUGUGUUCUCUGGUACUUGCUGAGAGAGAAGAGAUGGGAGCAAAGCAGAAGGGGGUGGGGAGUGGAUCCACACCCUUGAGCCCGCCCUAUGCCUUUCCUUUUGUGGUGGGAAACCCUUAUCUCGCAAAGUGAAUGUGUCCCCAUCCCCAACCUCUAGUGUAUUUCACAGAAAACAGAACCUCCCAAUAAAGUUGUGUUGAAACCUGA